UACCACCGUAAGACUACUUCAAGAAAAUUUUGCUCAGUUUCUUUCUGAAUCACUUUGAAAUUGAAAUUUCUUCCUACUGAACAUGAUACAAAUCAGAUAGAGAGAAAGAGGUAACCUCGAAGAACUGUCUCAAAUUUCAGAGCACAAUGGAAGGAACCGGAACGGCUCUCUGGAUGGUUCUCCUGCUCAACCAGCUGCUGUUCUGUUCCACCGACGCAGGCCAACACCUUUCAACUAUGCCGACAAAUAUAUCCAAUACAGAAGAACAAAGCUCCACCACUGCCAUGCAGCCCAACCUCACUACUACUGACCGCACAAACUAUCCUGAUACAGACACCAACGGCACUCGUGCCGACUGCUUGAUCGACACUGAGAUGGGUCUGAUUGCUAUAGGCUCCGCGGGGGGGCUGAUUGUCUGCCUGCUGGCUGCCAUCGUGGUACUGGCAUGCCAGGUUUGCCACCUUCAGCGUCGUGUUUAUGCUCCCCGAACAUCCCGGUCUAACAUGGACUUGGUGAGCAGUACAGGCUACUGGGGAACUGAUCAGCCAGAAGUCGAAGGAGUGGUCGGGCCGUGUGACGCCAGUGUCAUGCUCGAGGAGGUGAAAGCAGACAGCAACAUAGAGGAAGAGAGGCUGGCUGAAAUACAAGAGGCAAGGGGGGAUGCUGGGGCAAGACUCGGGGAAGGGGCCACGACAAUGGCCUUUGACCCAGAAGAGAAGGCCAGUCAGAUGCAGAGCUCCAGCUCCAGGGACUCCUGUCUUGAGGUUCCCAGGGAUCUAGAGGACAUGCCCCUUGUUGUGUGAGGAAGUAACCUCAGUAAGCUCCAGCCUCAGACACUUCAGACAAACAGCGACAGUUCAGGUCAAGUGCUGUGGUUUAACUUCUCAUGUUUCAUUCACAUUCUUUUCAAUUUAUUCCACCUCACAGAAUUUAAUUUCAACCUGAGUAAAAUGUCAGAAAUUGGAUAUAAUAGUCCUAAAAGAAUAUAAUAAGAGUUUUGGCACCCCUACCAAAAAGGGUGGUUUUUUUAUACCUUACUUAAAGGAAAAAAAA